AUUUUUACCGCCCAUAAACAACGUUUAUUCUUAUUUCACUCAGUGCCUUUGGUUUCCGCUCAUUUUAGCAAUCCGGGAUCCUUGUUUGUUAAUUCAUGGCUCUUGUUUUCGCCUGUUUGUCCCUAGAGAUCAGUUUGUUUGACGACAGAGCAACUUUCUCCAUGUGACGUACCUGUCGAGGAAACACAAACCGAGGGAAAUGCCGGCUUUAACCAGUUUUUUUGUGAUGGGCUCGGUGACUUCUGCUCUAACAAGGACAAGAAAUGCUUUGGUGAAAGUCGGGUCAGAGCCGGAGAACCAUGACCCGGAAAGGAGCCAGUCCGCUCUGAAGCCGGACCGGGCCAAAAAGAAGAACGCACGGUUCAACGUUUUGAUCCAGUCCGGACGGCAGAGCUCCCGCCAGUCGCUGUCCGAGGUUCUGAGCAGGCAAGACUCGGAUGUUGCCAAACAAAAUUGGAAGAAAAAGACUCCUGAAGAUCCACAGAGCGUGGCAAAUGAAGAUGGAGAGAGCUCCACCAGGCCGCAGGCCAGUUUUGGACGCUCAAAGUCUCAGAGCGCUUUGUGGAAUGCCAUCACAGCAGGGAUGGGGAUCAAAAGCAAAGAGGAGAAGAGACUCCUGAAUGACCCCCGAACUCCUGAAGAGAUUCUGGCUGACGACUUUCCUGGAGCAGAUGAACCAGAUGCCACUGAGAAGACUGCCAUCAGAUUAAGAUGUCUGGUGAAACAACUGGAGAGAGGAGAGGCUUCCCUCAAUGACCUCAAGAAAAACCUCGAGUAUGCAGCAUCAGUACUGGAAUCCGUUUACAUCGAGGAGACAAGACGUUUGGUGGACACAGAGGAUGAGCUCAGCGACAUUCAGUCAGAGUCGGUGCCCUCGGAGGUGCGGGACUGGCUGGCCUCCACCUUCACCAGGCAGAUGGGCCUGAUGCUGCGACGUAAUGAAGAGAAACCUCGCUUUCGUAGCAUUGUCCACGCUGUUCAGGCUGGCAUAUUUGUUGAGAGGAUGUACAGACGUACCUCCAAUAUGGUGGGACUCAGCUACCCCACUUCUGUCAUAUCUGUGCUUAAGAAUGUCGACAAGUGGUCGUUUGACGUGUUUGCUCUAAAUGAGGCCAGCGGGGAUCACGCACUAAAAUUCAUAUUCUAUGAGUUGCUCACAAGAUAUGACCUUAUUAGCCGUUUCAAGAUCCCGAUCUCUGCGGUGAUGUCGUUCGUGGAGGCCCUCGAAGUGGGAUACAGCAAACAUAAAAACCCCUACCACAACCUGAUGCAUGCUGCUGAUGUCACACAGACUGUACACUUCUUGCUACUCAAGACCGGCAUGGUGCAUUGGUUGACUGAACUGGAGAUCUUUGCCUUGAUCUUUGCGGCGGCGGUGCACGACUACGAGCAUACGGGGACCACAAACAACUUUCACAUUCAGACAAGGUCAGACACAGCCAUCCUGUAUAAUGACCGUUCGGUGUUGGAGAGUCACCAUGUCAGUGCAGCCUACCGCUUACUGCAGGAAGAUGAUGAGAUGAACAUCCUCUACAACCUCUCCAAGGAUGACUGGAGAGAGCUGCGGACUCUGGUGGUGGAGAUGGUGCUGGCCACGGAUAUGUCCUGCCACUUCCAGCAGAUUAAGGCCAUGAAGAACUUUCUGCAACAACCUGAGGGCCUUGACAAGCCCAAAGCCCUCUCCCUUCUGCUGCACACUGCAGACAUCAGCCACCCGGCCAAAAACUGGGACCUGCACCACCGCUGGACCACCUCCCUGUUAGAGGAGUUCUUCAGACAGGGGGACAAAGAAGCAGAGCUCGGGCUGCCGUUCUCUCCACUCUGCGACAGAAAGUCCACAAUGGUGGCACAGUCCCAGAUCGGGUUCAUAGACUUCAUUGUGGUGCCCACCUUCACCGUGCUGACAGACAUGAUGGAACGUAUAGUAACACCGCUCAUCGAGGAGGCCUCCAACUCAAGUUUUACUGGCUUUCGACGUUCAAGUCUGAACAGUAUUAACUCAGAUGAGGGCAAAAGGCACAAUGUGAAGAGCGUGUGCUCCGACAGCGCCACGUCUGUCCAAAACUCCUUGCUGUCUGUGGACAUGAAGAACUUCAAGGCAUUGUGGAAUGAAGAGGUGUAUCAGAACAGAGAGAGGUGGAAAGCACAGGCUGACAAAGAGGCAGAGGAGAGAGCUAAAAAGGAGGCAGAGGAACAAGCCCAGCAGGAAGCAGCUGUGGCGCCCCAGGAGGCCCACACACAAUCAGAACAGCCUGAACCAGAGGAGGACAAACUGGAGGUAGAGGCGCCCAAGUCAGCAGAGGUCAGCAGACCAGCAGAUGGUAACAGAGGGGAAGUGGAGCAGGGAGCGCAGUCUGGGAGCUCCACAACCAAGAAUCCUGCACUCCAGAAUGGAGAGUUGUCUGAAGGCGCGGAAUCUCCCGAGGGUGAAGAAAACAAGAAUAAAGGAGUCAGUGCAAAGGAAUAGCAAUAGAGCAAUGGAAUAAGGAAGCUACAGAGUACCA